AUGGCCUCUUAUUUCUCCUCGAUCACGUCGUCUUCGGCGAUCUCAAACCUCGGCACACGACUGAACUCCCUGCGGCGGGCGAUCACCUCCGACGAGACAGAUGAUCCGGAGAACGAAGACUGCUCGCACAUCUCCAACGUGCUGCGAGCCUACUACACCGAGAAGGGCCGACCGUUUCCUGGCUGGCUGCCUCCUGAUCCGAAGGCACCGGUACCCACGCCGUCUCGGAUGGUCGCGGCGACCACGCAACUGCCUGGAGGCAACGGCGGGUACGGCCAGACUGCACCGGCGUCGAGCUACGGCCGCGGGGGAUCAGGCGGCGGUGGAGGAGGAGGAGGAGGAGGAUUGGGUGAUCUGUGGGGAGACUCUGCGGCAUCAACGCAGCCGCCUGCGUCACAGACGUCGAGUCUACGCCAAGGACGAGGAGGAGCAGGGGGAGCAUCAGCGGCGAGGGGGCCUCUGAUGGCCAUGCACAGCGCGCCCGCUGGUCCCGUGCCUCCUUCUUCUUCUAGUUCUCCUUCUUCAUCACAGACACCGCCACCAGCGGCGACAACGACGACGACGACGAUGCAUCAUCCUCGCCCGUUACCCAGCCAGCGCGCAGGAUCAUACCAGUCGAGCCAGGCGGUGCAGCAGCAAAGUCGGUUUGGACAGGAACGCGCCGGAUCCGCGCAGGAACGGCUUCGUGCGCGCUUGCAGGGGGCUCGGUCAGCCAGCCCGAGUUCUGCCUCUGCUCCG